ACAAGAUAGCGUGUCUCUUUUGCAACUCAACAUAAACCACUGAUAAAAGCAGAAAGGAAGAACGUUUUUGAUCUGGGAGCCGAUCAGCCCCUGCCGUGAGCACCAUGGAUCUUAUCAAUGCCUUGACCCCCUCGUCUUUGUUGAAGUCGGCCUCCAAUGCAGGUUCGGAAAUCUCCCGCCGGGUCUGGACCCCGAGCCCUCUGCCCCAACGGCCGUUCCGAGUAUGCGAUCACAAGCGCAACAUCCGCAAAGGACUAAUGGCGAGCACUUUGGAAGACUUACUUAACAAGGCCAGAGAGACCCUCUUGCUCUCCGGCCUGGUUUCCUUGGUGCUGGAAGAAGACGGGACCCUGGUUGAGACAGAGGAAUUUUUCCAUAUCCUGGAAGACAACACAGUCUUGAUGGUGUUGCAGAAAGGACAGAAGUGGACUCACAGCAAGAGCAUCAGCCAUUCGUUCAGCCUGAGCGGAGACAAGCCACGAAACAGCAAGGAUAUCGCCCGCAUCACGUUCGAUGUUUACAAGCUGAACCCGCGAGACCUUUUUGGCAGCCUAAACAUCUCGGCCACCUUCUACGGGCUCUACUCGAUGAGUUGCGACUUCAAAUGCCUGGGACCCAAGAAGGUUUUGCGGGAGAUCCUGAGGGUGGCAUCCGCCAUCAUGCACGGGGUCGGGCACAUUCUUUUGGGGGCAUCCAACUACAUCCGCCGGUUCCUGGACACGGGGGACAACUGGGGCCCCCAAGUCCAGAUAACCAACUAUCGAUAUUGAGGCCUCCUUCCCUGCAAAACGCAAGAGAUCCUUCUAGCUUCAAACUGAUCUCAAGGGAACCCACUUGAUUCGCGAGUCAAGAUUUAAAGGACGUUUAAACCAAGGAUAGACGUUCUUAUCUGCAGCUUUCUGUCCCUUUUCGUUUCCAGGCUGGCCAACAGGGUGCAGAAUACGAGCGCUUCAGAAUCUCCUCAGAAAAGAUGCCUUUUUAUCCCUGGCAGUACAGUCACGAUAAACCACCUUCGUGACAAGAGGGGAACCUGGCUUGACAAAGCCGGCCUACUGACCCAUACCCAGCAGUGUGGGGCUCUAAUCGGCAUGCUGAAAACAUAAAUCUUUUGCUUGCAAAGGUUGGGCCGUAGAUCCUCCAGCUCAGCUACCACUCUACCUGCAUUUAACUGGGAAAGCAGGAGGUACAGGUGUCCCUCAACUUACGACCAUUCGCUUAGUGACCAAUUAAUACUUCUACAAUUAGUUCAAUGAACAAGUCAAAACUCACAACUUUUCAUUUAGUGUCAAACUACAAUGGCACUGCGGAAGAAAAUCUGACUUUUUUAAAAAAAAAAAUAU